GCGGGUGGAGAGGUUUGGGAGGCGCGAGAGAUGUCCACCCUGGGCUGGUGGCGCCGCCGGGCGCCAGGCGCCAUGUGGGUGCGCUAGGCGGCUGUUCGCGCCCGAGGCUGCGCUGCACUGAGGUGAGCUUUGCCUUCUUGAUCUUCCAUCCUUCUUGGAGACGACUGGCGAGAGGAAGAGGGACUAGGUCCAAACGCUAGGUGGCUGGGUCCAGGUCCCUGAGUACUGACGGUCAGGGGCUGCCGCGUCUUUCCCGUUGACUCAUGUUUGGUUCCUCCAGUGAAAAUUUUACUUAGAGAAAUGCUGUCUCCAAAGCACUUGUCUGCCACCACACCUAAGAAGUCCUGGGCCCCAAAUCUGUAUGAGCUAGACAGUGACUUGACUAAGGAGCCGGAUGUCGUCACAGGAGAAGGUCCAACUGACUCUUAGUUUUUUCAUCAGAGGUUUCGGAACCUAAUCUACGUGGAAUUUGUUGGGCCUCGGAAGACCCUGGUCAAACUCCGAAACCUCUGCCUUGGUUGGUUGCAGCUGGAGACUCGCACUAAGGAGAUCAUCGAGCUCUUGGUCCUUGAGCAGUACCUGACCAUCAUCCCUGAAAAGCUCAAGCCUUGGGUGCGAGCAAAAAAGCCAGAGAACUGUGAGAAACUCAUCACUCUGCUGGAGAAUCACAAGGAGAUGUACCAACCGGAAGACGACAACAGCAGUGACAUGACCAGUGACGACGACAUGGCCCGGGACAGAGGAGAGUCCUCACCACCUCACUCAGUCCAUUCUUUCAGUGGUGACCGGGACUGGGACCGGAGGGGCAGAAGCAGAGACAUGGAGCCACGAGACCGCUGGUCCUACACCAGGAACCCAAGAAGCAGGAUGCCUCAGCGGGAUCUUUCCCUUCCUGUGAUGGCGAAAACAAGCUUUGAAAUGGAAAGAGAUGAUGACAGGGACUCCAGGGCUUACGAGUCCCGAUCUCAGGAUGCUGAAUCAUACCAAAAUGUGGUAGACCUCACUGAGGACAGGAAACCUCACAACACAAUCCAGGACAACAUGGAAAACUACAGGAAGCUGCUCUCCCUGGGAGUGCAGCUUGCUGAAGACGAUGGCCACUCCCACAUGACGCAGGGCCACUCAUCAAGAUCCAAGAGAAGUGCCUACCCAAGCACCAGUCGAGGUCUAAAAACUAUGCCUGAAGCCAAAAAAUCAACCCACCGGCGGGGGAUUUGUGAAGAUGAGUCUUCCCACGGAGUGAUAAUGGAAAAAUUCAUCAAGGAUGUGUCGCGCAGUUCCAAAUCGGGAAGAGCAAGGGAGUCAAGCGACCAGUCACAGAGAUUCCCCAGAAUGUCAGAUGCUAACUGGAAGGACGUUUCAUUGCACAAGAGGGAGUCAGUGAUCCAGCAGAGGGUUUAUGAAGGGAAUGCAUUUAGGGGAGGCUUUAGGUUUAAUUCAACCCUUGUUUCCAGAAAGAGAGUUCUGGAAAGAAAGAGGCGCUAUCAUUUUGACACGGAUGGGAAGGGCUCGAUUCAUGAUCAAAAAGGCUGUCCCAGGAAGAAGCCCUUUGAAUGUGGUAGUGAGAUGAGAAAAGCCGUGAGCAUGAGCAACCUGAGCAGCCUCAGCUCCCCGUCGUUUACUGAGUCACAGCCAGUUGAUUUUGGGGCAAUGCCAUAUGUAUGUGAUGAGUGUGGGAGGUCGUUCAGUGUCAUCUCAGAAUUUGUUGAGCACCAGAUCAUGCAUACUAGAGAGAACCUCUAUGAGUAUGGUGAGUCCUUUAUUCACAGUGUGGCUGUCAGUGAAGUUCAGAAAAGUCAGGUUGGAGGGAAACGUUUUGAGUGUAAGGACUGUGGAGAGACCUUCAAUAAGAGUGCCGCCUUGGCUGAACAUCGGAAAAUUCAUGCUAGAGAAUAUCCUGUGGAAUGUAAGAAUCAGGAGUGUGAGGAGGCCUUCAUGCCUAGCCCAACCUUUAGUGAGCUUCAGAAAAUAUAUGGCAAAGACAAAUUCUAUGAGUGCAGGGUGUGUAAGGAAACCUUCCUUCAUAGUUCUGCCCUGAUUGAGCACCAGAAAAUCCACUUUGGGGAUGACAAAGAUAAUGAGCGUGAACGUGAUCGUGAGCGCGGGGAAACCUUUAGGCCCAGCCCAACCCUUAAUGAGUUUCAGAAAAUGUAUGGUAAAGAGAAAAUGUACGAAUGUAAGGUGUGUGGGGAGACUUUCCUUCAUAGCUCAUCCCUGAAAGAACAUCAGAAAAUCCAUACUAGAGGGAACCCAUUUGAAAAUAAGGGUAAAGUAUGUGAGGAAACCUUUAUUCCUGGUCAGUCCCUUAAAAGGCGUCAGAAGACUUACAAUAAGGAGAAGCUCUAUGACUUUACAGAUGGCCGGGAUGCCUUCAUGCAAAGCUCAGAGCUCAGUGAGCAUCAGAAAAUUCAUUCUCGAAAGAACCUCUUUGAAGGCAGAGGGUACGAGAAAUCUGUCAUUCAUAGUGGACCCUUCACUGAAUCUCAGAAGAGUCAUACUAUAACACGACCUCCUGAAAGUGAUGAGGACGAGAAGGCAUUCACCAUUAGCUCUAACCCCUAUGAAAACCAGAAGAUUCCCACUAAGGAAAAUGUCUAUGAAAGGAAAUCAUAUGAGAGGUCUGUUAUUCAUAGCUUAGCCUCUGUGGAAGCUCAGAAAAGUCACAGUGUAGCGGGGCCCAGUAAACCAAAAGUAAUGGCAGAGUCUACCAUUCAGAGCUUCGAUGCUAUCAACCAUCAGAGAGUUCGUGCUGGAGGGAACACGUCUGAAGGAAGGGAAUACAGUAGGUCUGUUAUCCAUAGCUUAGUGACUUCCAAACCUCCAAGAAGUCACAGUGGAAAUGAAUUGGUGGAAUCUAAUGAGAAGGGAGAAUGCUCCAUUUAUAUCUCAGACCUUAAUGAUAAGCGACAGAAGAUUCCUGCCAGAGAGAACCCUUGUGAAGGGGGCAGUAAGGAUCACAACUAUGGAGACUCUGUCAUACAGAGUGUAUCCCAUGCCAGACCUCAGAAAAGUGUUCCUGGAGAGGGAUCUGGUGAAUUUAAGAAGGAUGGUGAAUUCUCUGUUCCCAGCUCAAAUGUCCGUGAAUACCAGAAGGCUCGUGCUAAAAAGAAAUACAUUGAGCAUAGGAGCAAUGAGACCUCUGUAAUUCACUCUCUACCUUUUGGUGAACAAACAUUUCGCCCUCGAGGGAUGCUCUAUGAAUGUCAGGAGUGUGGGGAGUGCUUUGGGCGUAUCUCUGACCUCACUGAGCACCAGAAGAUUCAUGAUAGAGAGAAGCCCUCUGGAAGCAGAAACUACGAAUGGUCUGUCAUUCGCAGCCUGGCCCCUACUGACCCUCAAACAAGUUAUGCCCAAGAGCAGUAUGCUAGAGAGCAAGCAUGGAACAAAUUUAAGGAAUUCAGACAAUUUUUUGCCACCAGCAAAGACCUGAACACAUACCAGAAAAUCUAUGAGCAAGAGAAGUCUCAUGGUAAGGAGUCUCAAGGUGAGAAGAUCCGUGGGGAGAAGACCUAUAGCGAGGAGACCCACGACGAGGAGACCUACGGCGAGGAGACCCAUGGUCAGGAGACAAUUGAAGGCCCUGUCAUUCAAGGCUCAGACAUGGAAGACCUGCAGAAGGAUGACCCUGAUAACGCAAUCUAUGAAUGUGAGGACUGUGGCCUGGGCUUUGUGGAUCUCACAGACCUCACAGACCAUCAGAAAGUCCACAGCAGGAAGUGCCUGGUUGACAGUCGGGAGUACACACAUUCUGUAAUUCACACCCAUUCCGUCAGCGAGUAUCAGAGAGAUUACACUGGAGAGCAGCUGUAUGAAUGUCCAAAGUGUGGGGAAUCUUUUAUUCAUAGCUCAUUCCUUUUCGAGCAUCAGAGAAUCCAUGAACAAGACCAGUUGUAUUCCAUGAAGGGGUGUGAUGAUGGUUUUAUUGCCCUCUUGCCCAUGAAGCCACGGAGGAAUCGUGCCGCAGAGAGGAAUCCUGCUCUUGCUGGGUCGGCCAUUCGAUGCCUUUUGUGUGGACAAGGCUUCAUUCAUAGCUCUGCCCUUAAUGAGCAUAUGAGACUUCACAGGGAAGAUGAUUUACUGGAGCAGAGCCAGAUGGCUGAGGAAGCUAUCAUUCCAGGCUUAGCCCUCACUGAGUUUCAGAGAAGUCAGACCGAAGAGAGACUCUUUGAAUGUGCAAUCUGUGGAGAGGCUUUCAUCAACCCAGCAGAACUUGCAGAUCAUGUAACUGUUCAUAAGAAUGAGCCUUAUGAGUAUGGGUCCUCCUAUACUCACACCUCAUUUCUUACUGAGCCCCUCAAAGGAGCUAUACCAUUCUAUGAAUGCAAGGAUUGUGGAAAGUCCUUUAUUCAUAGCACAGUCCUCACUAAACAUAAGGAGCUUCACCUGGAAGAUGAUGAUGAUGAUGAUGAAGCAGCAGCUGCAGCAGCAGCAGCCCAGGAAGUUGAAGCCAAUGUCCACGUUCCACAAGUAGUUCUGAGGAUUCAGGGGUCAAAUGUAGAGGCUGCCGAGCCAGAAGUGGAGGCUGUUGAGCCGGAAGUGGAGGCUGCCGAGCCAGAGGUGGAGGCGGCUGAGCCAAACGGAGAGGCUGAAGGGCCAGAUGGAGAGGCUGCAGAGCCCAAUGGAGAGGCUGAACAGCCGAAUGGAGAGGCCGAGCAGCCAAAUGGGGAUGCCGAUGAACCAGAUGGUGCAGGGAUUGAAGACCCAGAAGAAAGAGCUGAAGAGCCAGAGGGAGAUGCCGACGAGCCUGACGGUGUGGGAAUUGAAGACCCAGAAGAAGCUGAAGAUGAAGAGAUUCAGGUAGAAGAACCAUACUAUGAUUGCCAUGAAUGCACAGAAACUUUCACUUCCAGCACAGCAUUCGGUGAGCACCUGAAAACUCAUGCCAGCAUGAUCAUAUUUGAGCCUGCAAAUGCCUUUGGGGAGUGCUCAGGCUACAUCGAACAUGCCAGCACCAGCACAGGUGGUGCCAAUCAAGCUGAUGAGAAGUACUUCAAAUGUGACGUCUGUGGGCAGCUCUUUAGUGACCGCCUGUCCCUCGCCAGACACCAGAAUACCCACACUGGCUGAAGGCAUGGGGUAAAGGUUAGAAAACCUUCACCUAGGACUUGACCCUUACCAAACCACAGAGAAUUCAAACCAAUCCAUGACAAUGUCAGUAGGAGACUUAACCUUAGUGUGUUACACACCUGACUUAACAUCUCCAAACUCAUAUUGAAAAGAGAAUGAAUGUGGAGAUUCCAGUCUUAAGCUUUCCCCUUCAGAUGUCAGUGUCUGCAUGUGGGAAAGCCACAGCACACAUCUUACCUUUCCAAGUAACCAGAUUGAGAAAACCCUAUGAGUAUUCCAUACUACAAAGGUUGCCCAAACCAACUGUAAAUGACACUUGUGUAAUGUAUAUAUAGUGUUUCCUGAGGUGUAUAUAAAAUAGCAAAUUAUGGCAGAACAGUGAUCACAUAGAUUUGGAUUUAACAUGAUAUACAGUUACAGUUUACAGAGGUACCUUACCUGGUACUCUGAAUUUUUUUUUUUUUUUUUGGAGGAGGAAGAGAGCAACAAAUUUGAAUAUAUUUGUAAGUGUCUUAGAUCCCAAGAAAGAUUUAUUGUGCAUUAUUUGAACCCUGUCAGUAUCUUUUUCGAGUAAUUGUUUUGUUUCUUACCCUUGAACAGUCUUGUGAAGGUGUGGGCAUGAUAGAUAACAUGUCUUUUACUCUUUGCUGUUUGAAAAGAGAAGUACUUUAGCUUCUUUCUGCAGCCAUUUCGUCUGCACCAACACUUUGGAACCUAAUACUGUGUAAGGCUUUACAAUACACGGAUUGACUUUUUGUGACCCAAAUUGAUUGGUUCCCACAUCGUUAUGUUUGUUGAAGUGGUUGUCAUGUAAAAAUAUUACAAGUUUGUUUUCUGGAUUUUUUUUUUUUUUAAACCAACUCAGUAUGUGUUUGAUGAUAGUGAAUUGAUAAAACCCGAAGCUUUUCCCUGUAAAUCUUACAUCUUUGCCUUUAAAGAAUGGGUUACAACCAUCACUAGAUCACAGUAGUGCCUAAUGAAGGUUGAGAACCGUAGGAGAGGCUCUCAUGCUGUAAAUAAUGAUGCAGGCUAAUGACCUUUCAUCACUUCCUUUGUGCGCUUCCUGCCUUAAGUGACAAGUAGCAACAUGGCUUGGGUCCCCUGUGCAGCACCAGCCUAUGCUGCCACAAGUCAGUUUGCACCCUAGGUGCCCAGGAGCUAGUAUCCUUAGAUCUUUCUAUCGCUAACUUAAUUCUCUUCGUUAUUUAUCUGACCCUCUAACUCCAUGUCUAACUUGCAUUAAAAAAAAAAAAUUGCUUUCUUUACAGUCAACCCAAGCUUAACAUGGACUCAGGUUCCCCAGCAGCCUUAAUUUGUUUUGUUAACAUCUGUUCCUUCUUUUUCAGCUCUCCUAGAGUAUUUCUGAGUGUCGCGUUCAUCUAAUCUUAGUAUUCCUUUUAAUCACAAAUGGACCUCACAGCUUGAGGUUUCCUGUGUCCUAUUCUGUGGACUACCUGUGCUCCUUUGCUUCCCCUACCCUUGCAUAAUAACUAUAUUAAGAGUUUUUUUUUUUUUUUUUUGGCCUUGAGUUGGCUGGAAAAAAAAAUUUAAAAUUUAAAAAAUUUAAAAAAAAAAGAUUUGCAAAAUGUAAGUGUAGAUCAUUUGGACAAGCAAAAUUAAAAUACCCACUGGGGGAAAUGUGUCUGAAUCUUACUCUUCUGGAUCUGCAGGAUUAGGGCUUGGAAGUAUGUCAAAGAUGCAGGGAGUGUCAACAUUUAGGAAGAUUGUAGAGCUGAGAGCUAGAAGCAGAAAUGAGUAAGCCAAAGAAGGGAGUCCUAAUAUAUCACCAGAUCUAGGAGGGGAGAGGAGACAGACAGAAGAAAACACCAGAGGCAAGAACUGUGGAAGGCCAGGUUGCUGAGAAGGAAUUGAGUGGGGUGUCCUGAGCAGUUUGGAAAAGGAGCCUUUGAUGGUUUGGUGUAGGUGAGAGCUAGCUGCAUAGGAAGACCUGAGGUUGGAACGGACAUCGGGAAGGCUGAGGGGCAGUGAGGUGUACUACAUGGGAAGAGGACUCUUGAAACGAGAAUCAAUGUUGAUGUCGGGGUGAACUUUGUGGGUUCGUUACUUGGUGUUAACAUUGUUGGCAGUGGUAGACCCUUUUCAGAAAGCACCUUGCCGUAAGUAAGGGUGUCCGUUCCAACCUUAAGUUAGUGAAAAGGUAGUAACAAAUGGUAAACAAGAGAAUGAUUGCUUCAGCCUAUCUGUGGACACUUAAUGCAGCUGUUUAAAAAUGGUAAUCACGAGUUAUGUAGCAACGUGGAAAUAUAUUUACAGAAUAUUAAGUGGAGAGAGCAGGACAUGAAAGUAUAUUUAUACUACAGUUAUAACUGUUUAAAAAUA